AUGGCUUCAUACUACCCAGAAGGCGAAUGCUACUUCGUCAGAAGCUCUCUGAGAUAUAGCUCCCACUGGUCUGCAGACAACGAAGCUAAGUUCUAUAGAACCGUUCUUCUCGAGUACUACUGGAAUGGAUGGCCAGCGACUGGCGUGACCCAAAGAUCCCAUCCGAGGUCACGCUGGCAGCAUGGUACACCUGCAGGAGUCGGAGGCACGCGCUUCGGAGACUGGGACAGGUUCUGGGUGGGCGAGAGCAGAAACAAGUCCCCGAACGAUAUGCUCAGAAUCCACAGUCAUCCCAACAGCCUUAACUGGAAUGAAUGUCGGGAUCACCAGAGGGGUGGCCCCAGAAAGUACAUCCUUCGACCAGUGGAAAUCCAGCACCAAGAUACCCAGUGGCUGUGGAUUGAUGCUACGAUUCCCCUGAGAGCGAUCUACUUCCCCGUCGCUUACAGGACAGACCAAGCCUUCCCUAACCUGUGCACCUAUGUCGUUAUCGACCUUAGGCACAGAGGGCAACUUCAGAUGUUCAGUAUUGGCGGGCUCACCAGGACUUUGAAUAUCACCUCCUACAACGGUCUUGGCUGGCAUGAUGAUCUCACAUGGGGUUUCAACAUAACGGACAUCAUUGCCUAUCUUUCCAUCCCACAUAAGCUGCGCAAUCCGGACUAUGGGUUGUUUGCAUCCAAGCCGCGUGGCCAAGAGCUGGUCGUUUAUGCCAACUCAUCAUUGACUUGGAGGUCAGAUCCUAAGGACAUCCAACACCAUGGGAACUUCUUCCGCGAGAUGGACUUCGCCAGAAUCCUCAGCGCCACCUUUGCUGUCGAGGUCGGUUGGAGACCAUACCAGCACAACCCUUUCCUCAGGAACCUGGUCGUCCGAGCCAUUCAGCUAGGCCUUGGCCUCAUCCCGGGCGUCGGACCCAUCUUCUCCGUCGCAUUCGGAAUGGCAGUUAAGCUGCUCACAGACCCCGACUCGUUCGGCAGUGAUGAUAUUCUUGAUUUACCUUUUGCUAUUCUGGAGAGUGUGAUUAGCUCGGGCAAGAGAUCUCAGAAGUUCAUCGCACCAGAUUGGCUUGCACAGUGUCCAUGUGGCGGCCAACAGCAAGGUGCGCCGUUGACAAAUCAGCAGAAAGAGGACCGCAAGAAGUUGGGCGAAGAGAUCAACAAUCGUCUGACUGCCGAGUUGAAUGCUCAGCCUAUCAUACGCUCUCUUGAGGAGCAAGAGAAGCUUCUCACUGGACGCGCUGAAGAGAUUCGAGAUGAGGCUACGCAGACAACCCAGGAAACCGAGCCGGAGGAGAAGCAGGAAGCUGAGGAGCAGUACAUUAAGGACGGGACUGAGGAAACUGGUGAGAAACAUGAUUAA